AUGCCAGACUCCAAGACUGUUCGCCCUCCCGUCAAAAGAACGCUCAAGCCUGCACCGCCCUCGCAGAGCCACGUGCAUUCUCCAACUUCCAAGUCUGAGGUGCAGUUUGCCCUUCCGGGAACGGUCCCAAACCCAGAGUCCAUUCAGAUCCGGACUAUAGCAGUUCCUCAACCUUUUCUUGAGCCCGCCGCAUUGAAGCGACAGUGA